GUACAUCGAGCUCAAGGAUUACAUCCUGCAGCGCCGCGAGGCCCUCACCGGUGGCCGCGUCACCGCCGCGGACCGCCCCUCCAUCAUGGACCUCGAUUCGGACGACGCCGCAGUGGGCCUGGGGGGCGGCGCCGCCAAGAAGAGCAAGGGCUUCUCCUCAUGA